GCAAAGGAGGAACAUCUUAAGGAGAGUGAUGACUCUGAGCUGAAGGGAGCUUGUGGAUUCACUCCUCCUCCAGAUCUGAAGGAUGAUGACGGGUCUGAUGAGCUGAAGGGUUACAAAGCUCAAGAGUUGAAGGAAGACACAUCAGUGAAAACUGAAGCUGGACGGAGUUAUUCACCCAACAACGUUCAGAGUUCAUAUUCUAAUGGCUUUAUGAGUCCUCCUUCGUGGGAUUCAAAGGCGUCUGAUCUGGAGACAGAUCUCUUCACAGCAUCAGACAGCUAUGAGAAACAUCCGGAGAUGACAGACUGUCGACCGAAGAAAUCACUGAAGUUUAAAGUGCCUCGCAUUCAUCGCAGACAUUCAAAGAGUAUUGAAGACCCUGAGAUCAAGCAGAGCAAAUAUCGUGACGCUUCAGAGAUGAAGAAGCCUCCUCUUCUUAAAGUGCCGCCGCUGUCCCACCGAGACUCAAAGAGCUUGGAAGAUGACGAGUUCCCUCGGAAGGGUGCAGAUCUGUUCAAGGCGGGAGACGUGGAGCUGGCGGAGGACGCAGGCUGGGAGGAAUACACGCCGACUGAAGACAUGAAGGAGUUUCCUGAAGAGUUUCUGGAUCCUCCAGGGGCCACGGCUGGAGACCUGUCUGAUGCUGCUAAGGCUGAGUGGAUGUCGGCUCAGAUGGACAUGAGACGACUGAGAGUUCAAGAGGAAGAGCAGCAGCAGGAGGAAGAUGAUUAUGAAGGGGACACUGACAGUCUGAUGGAGUGGUGGAAUACAGUCGAGUUUUGGGAUGAAAUACCUGCUAAUGAGACGAUCAGCACUAAAGAAGAAGAGACCAUAUCGUUUAAAGUGGUCGCUGACAAGGUCCACCGAGGUCUCCGCGUGUAUCUGAAGCUCUUCAUGGAGCGUGCUGAGCUGCUCUACCAGCACGUGCUGAUCUUAUACGACAUCGCCGACAACCUCAGCAACUUCCACCACCGCGCUAAAAUUGCAAACAUCACGGGAGGAACGACCACAGCGGUGGGAGGAGCCGCGGCCAUCGCGGGGCUGGCGCUGGUUCCCGUCACGUUCGGAGUGUCCAUCAUCAUCUCGGCCAUCGGGCUGGGCGUCGCUACAGCGGGCGGCAUCACGGCCGCAUCCGCCACCAUCUCAGACACCAUCAACAACAUGCACGACCGUAAGAAGAUUGAACUCAUCAUUAUGGACUACGAGGCCCAGCUGGUGGAAAUGCAGCGUUGUUUGCGAUUCAUCAUUGAAGGUCUUUGUCGAUUGCGCUCUCAUCCACUGCUGCGACGGAACAACUACUACACCGGUGACUGGGAGGUACGGCGGGCCCUGCAGACCAUUAGCUUAGUUAGCGACCCGGUAGAUCGGGCGGAAGAAAUAAUUCACCACACGCUGGCCAAGUUAGCCAGUCUGCAGAAAGGAAUAGACAAGUACUUCACCAAAGACUCGAAAGAGGUGAAGAAGGGCUGUAAGAAGGAGGUGACGGCUGAAGUGCGGAGCCUGGCCAAACAGCUGCACGAAGGUUUAGCGGAGCUCAACUCCAUCAGAGAACAACUGCUCGACGCAAGUGGAAACAUCUAGUAAAUGUCACAGUUUUUGGUUGCAGCUGUCUGCGCUCCCAUUGGCUGUCGCUGCAACGCUUUGCUGCUCAUUUGCAUAAAACGGAAUGCUGAUUCUCAGCAAGUUCCAACUCUCAAUGACAUUAAAUGAAGUCCAGCUUUAUUGAUGCAAAUCGCUGUCAGUGAACGCAUCUUACAACUUAACCAUAACUGGACUCAGCUAUUGAAUUGAGUUCUCUGGGUGAUA